AACAUCGGCAGCAGGACUCAGGAGCGGUGGAGCUGCUGUUGCACUGAUUCACUGCUGCAUUGCUGAAUACAGGGACGUAUUGAAGCUGAUUCGUUAAUUAUCUCACUUCAUGUUGGGGAUUAGAAAUUCCCAGGUAGUGAGAAUGCCCAAAGGAAGAGAGGAGUUUUCAACUGUCGAAACCACAGGCAGCAGAGGAUUUUAAAGUAUGUUUUUUAAUCACAUUGAGCUAACUCAGAAAUUCAUGUGGGUGUCAGGAGCUGGAGGCUGCCUAGUGCCUUCACAGGCUAACAGAUCUUGUGUGUUUAAUUAUUCUGCCGGCUGGAGCCUCUGGAGUGUAACUCAGUAAAAUCCUAACCUCAAGAUCAAUAGGACAUUGGAAAUCCAUUAACCAAAGAAAACUUCAUGAUAGUGAAUUAUUGGCUUUCAAAGCUUUCUCUGCCUAGUCCGUUCCACACAUUUGAUGAUGUCAACCUCAGAUCCAGAAAAGGAAUAUGUAGAAGAAGAUACAGAGAUGGAUAAAGUGGCAGAGCUUCAACAGGAGCACCUGGCGCAGCAGGUGGCUGCUGUGCAGGUAUCUGAGGAUCCCUCUUUAAGGUAUGUUGGGACAGGAUGCCAGAGCACUGGGGUCAAGGACUCAGACCAGUCUAAAGUUAAACAAGAGACUCACACCAAUGGAGUAAGUGAGGACAACACCAGAAUCUACAAGAGUGUGAGCAGUGUGACAAAGAAGAUAGCCUCACGGCCUAAACUGUCUAGCAGGAAGCUAUCCCUUCAAGAACGUUCUUCGGGAAUUGCUCUCUCAGCCAGUGGUGUCCUACCGAGCUAUGGUGCCUAUUCAACUGGGCCACUACCAUCUGUAAGACGGCCAACUAUUGAGUCCAGUCGGAUAAAUAUGGUCAACUGCCAGGAUUCCACGCAGCUGAACCAAUAUAAGCUGAAGACUGAGAUUGGAAAGGGCUCCUAUGGUGUUGUGAAGCUGGCCUACAAUGAAAAUGAUGACAAGCAUUAUGCCAUGAAGGUACUUUCUAAAAAGAAGCUGAUGAAACAGUAUGGAUUUCCACGUCGUCCUCCUCCUCGGGGAUCGAAGCCCACAUCUGCCGAACAGUCAAAAGCCCCUGCGCCUCUGGAGCGGGUCUACCAGGAAAUAGCCAUACUGAAGAAACUGGACCACCCCAAUAUUGUCAAGCUGGUAGAGGUUCUAGAUGACCCCACUGAAGACCACCUACACAUGGUAUUUGAACUCAUGAGCAAAGGACCUGUGAUGGAGGUACCGACGGAUAACCUAUUCUCGGAGGAACAAGCACAUUUUUACUUUAGAGAUAUCAUCUUGGGCAUCGAAUAUCUACACUACCAGAAGAUCAUUCAUCGAGAUAUCAAACCUUCAAAUCUGCUCCUGGGAGAUGAUGGCCACAUUAAAAUUGCUGACUUUGGAGUAAGCAACCAGUUUGAGGGGAAUGAUGCCUUGCUCUCCAGCACAGCCGGGACUCCAGCAUUCAUGGCACCAGAGACACUGUCUGAGACCAGGAAGAGCUUUCAUGGGAAGGCUUUGGAUGUCUGGGCCAUUGGUGUGACCUUGUAUUGCCUGGUCUUUGGCAAGUGUCCGUUUAUGGACGACUACAUCCUGGCACUUCAUGCCAAGAUUAAGAACUGGCCUGUGGAGUUUCCAGAAAAACCAGAAAUCAGUGAAGAGCUGAAGGAUUUGCUUCUUAAGAUGUUGGAUAAGAAUCCUGACACUCGGAUUACAGUUCCACAGAUAAAGCUGCAUCCAUGGGUGACCAAGAAUGGGACUUACCCUCUUCCACUGGAGGAGGAACAUUGCAGUGUGGUUGAAGUCACUGAAGAGGAGGUGAUGAACUCUGUCAAAUUAAUCUCCAGCCUCUCAACUGUGAUUUUGGUGAAGGCCAUGUUAAGGAAACGCUCCUUUGGAAACCCAUUUGAGUUUCAGAGCAGGAAGGAGGGAAGGUCCAUGUCGGCACCAGGAAACCUUCUCAUGGACAAGACUGUGUUUCUGAAUUCUUCAAAAAGGCAUCCUUCAUUAAGGAAGGAGAGCAGUGGGGACGCAGGGAAGGAGAUGGAACUGCCAGAUGUUUGCGAGGAUGAAGCAAUUUCCUGAGUGUCCUGAGCAUGUGCAUGCUGUGUUCGGUCUGUCGCACCCUGGUAUUUGACCUAUCUUUGCUCAGCUCAAGAAAAAUCACUUCCACCUUCAAGUGUCAUUCUUCAUGGCCGACAUCAACCAAAGCAUCUGAGGAGAAGGAGAGAGAUUCAUGCCAUCCAGUCCAUGUUGACACAAGAUUAUAGAGAAAUAUUUUGGAUUCCUGUUUUACAGAUUGCCUUGCCAAGCAAAACAACACCAGAUAGGGUUUGUAAAUAGAAAGUUUUAUUGUCAAACAUCAAACUGUUCAUCAUCCAAUCAAUCCAUUAUUGCCCAUCUGUCGUAUGAGCUAUUGUUGGGCUUUGUAAGGCUGCUGGAUUCCAAUCACAAAUGAUUGUUUCUGAUGCAUCUUCAUUGAACCAUGCAGUGGCUCUUCAGCUACUUUUGCUGCAGUGAAGAAUAACAUGGAAACUUGGUUUGGAUAAACUGUGCAAUCUGCAUUUUACCAACGGACAUGUAUCAACUGAGUACCGUAAACCUGGUGGUCUUAUGUAACAGAAAUACAGACAUUUCCUUUUAUUCGCUGCAGACUAAUGCACUUCUGCCAAGGCACUGUUAUGACAGUGCUGUGUGAAUCUCAGAGCUGUGGUACUUAACAUUCCAAAGAUUAGUGUCUCUGAAGUCACUCUUUCGUUAAUAAUGUAUAACAUGAGUGAUUUAUCAAGCAUCAUGGUAAUAGAUGAAUGGAUCAUACCUAAGUUAGCCUUUUAAUUAUUUCGCUGGUUCAGUGAUUGAUUGAUACCAUUCUGUGUUGUCUCACUUAGGGCGACAGAUCUGCAAAAGGUAGAAAUUUCGGUCAUGAUAAUCUGUAGGGUUUUAGACCUAAUAGUUAAUCCCGGAUUGUGGAAUCUCUCAUCCACUCAGAAUUCAAGGAGUCAUACGGAGAAGCCUCUAAUUCUUCAUUCUAUAUUGGAAUGUUGUUGCCAUUGAACUGAGUGGCAUGCUAGCCCAUUUUAGAAGGCAAUUAAGAGUCAACCACAGAGUUUUAAGGUACAUGGAGCCACGCAGUAUAACAGUCAUGGAGGAAACAGGCACAUGGCAUACAGGUCACAGCUAUGACAAAGUUUACAAUCUCACAACAUGCAGUAAUGUGGUAAUUAACAGUCAUAAAGCAUGAGCUCAUGUUGUUUACAGGAAUAACACAGUCACAGAGCACAGUGACACACACGCAGCGAUACAGUUUACAGUGACACAGUUUAGUCAGACAUUUUGCACCUUAUUAUAACACAGUUUACAAUCUCUCAGCUACUUUUACAUGAUUUAUAGUUGCACAAGCACCAGUUGUUAGCAUUGACCAUCUAAGUUUCCAAUUUUUAAACAAAAACCUCCUGAAAAAAUACUUACUGUGAUUAUGUCAGCAUGAUCCUUCAUUCACUGUUGGCUAUGUGAGAAAUGUGUAACAUUGUUUUUAAAAUAAUGGGUAUGUCAAUGUUGAAUUUGACCAAUUGUAGUGUUAAGAUAUACUGAUGUAUUUGAUUGGUCAGUGACGUGUGUUGCUGAAUUAUAUGAGCAAUUGAUGUGUUUUCUGAAUGUGGUCAUUGCUACAGGUAAUGGUACCAACUACACAGGGGUUUGCAAUUACUGCUCACCCCAGAUUAGGGAGUAAAAGAUAAUACAGAAGAAAAGUAGAAGGCCAUCCAUCCCUUUGAGAAAGGUAGAUCAUUCAAUAAAUAUCUCUGCCUCAACUCCAUUUUACUGACCUUUGCUCCAUAUUUGUUGACACCCUUACCCACUAACCCGAAACAAGAAAAACAAAAAUGAGAUGAAAGCUGUUCCUGAACUACAGAAUCCAGAAUCUUCUGGACAAUGAAUUCCUUUUCUCCACUACUUCACCCAUUCCCUACUCACUUCUGUGCUCACUGACCUGCAUUGACUCCCAGUCUAUCAUGGCUGACCGUCCAACUUAGUAUGCUGUAUGUGCUCUCUCCCCAUACCCUUUCAUCGCUUUAGCCCUAAGAAUUGCAUCCAACUCCUUCGAAAACAUUCAAUGUUUUAGCCUCUACCACUUUCUGUAAUAGAGAAUUCUGCAGUUCCUCAUCUGAGUCCCAAAUGGCCCAUCUCAAUGGACUGUGACCCUUGAUUCUGGAUUGUUAAUGAUCAAGAACAUCCUUCACGCAUUUAUCCUGUUAGAAUGUAAUAGGUUUCUAUGGGAUUCCUCAAAACUCCUUUCAAUAUAUUCCUAACUGAUCCAGUUUCUCUCCAUACGUCAGUUCUGCCAUCCCAGGAAUCGGCCCUCUAUAGCUGGGACAGCACUCCUCAGACAAGGAGACCAAAAUUGCACACAGUACAGCACCUUGUGAUCUCAGCAAGGCCCUGUACAAUUGCACUGAGAAACUAGUGCACAAGAGUCAUCCUCAAGAUUGAAGUAAAGCUUUCUAUUCCUUUAUCAUUGUUCCUUUAUUGGUUUGCAUUGAUUGUGAUAAGAGAAAAUAGUACAAGGCUAUAAUUAAUAGUCAGCACGCCGUUUGAUUCCUAUUAAACCACUGGUCUUUUCAUAAACAUUAGUGACCAACGUAAAGUCAGGUACUGAGGUUGCAUUAUAAUUGUGUGGGGUCAGAUUCUCAUUCAGACUACCAGGCACAAAAGAGAAACUGCAUUUAAACUCAUGCACCUUUUCCCCAGUCAGUGAAUGUUUUACCAAUGAGAUUAAUAAGAUAGCACAGCCUCCUGCAAGAUGAAUAGUCACUCAGGGGACCGCCAUAUAAAAAAUGUCAUGACGCUUUCAGCUUAAAAUCUCCAGCUGCCAGUAUUGAUGGUUUCCAAACUUCUAAAGCUAUUUAGUACAUUUUUGCUCUGCAAAUGAAGUUUUCUAUCGAAAAUCUACCCUCAGGCUAUCUCGAGUCAAACUGAGGACAGAUAUCACUCCCCACCCUGAACAUCUGUCUAUGAACAGAGUUGUAUCGAGUAUAAUUACUGUCACAGCAACACACCUGAGCAACACACAUUUGUUAAGUAGAUACAUACUUAUUUUGUGACUUGCAACACUGAUUGUGACCAAGAGUUGCAAGUAGCUCUUAUAGAAUCACCCGUGAGAGUCAUAAGCUGCAAUUCUAUAUGUUCUAUCUUGAAGAACCAAUGGUAGAGGUGGAAGGGGUGGGCAAAAGCAGUGGGCAGCAUGCAUGUAAACUGGGCAUUAUCUCCAUUAGGAAUUACCACCCGGUAAAGACAUUGUUGCACAUAGGGUCACUAAGAAGUAGCAUUGUAUCUCACUCUUGCUGGUCUGCAGGUUGAUCUGCUCACCACUGGUCACCAACUUAGUCCUUACUAUCCCCAAGUGGGAUUGCAAGUUAGAAGUUUGGGUUCACAGCCUCAGAAAAAGGUGGCCACUGUGGAACUCUCACCUGAUCAUAACCUCAGAGGGAAACAUCAAUAAAAUAAAACAGUAGUACUUAGAAAUGAACAUAAUGACUGUACUGGAGCUCUGUUUUGAGACAUACAACACCAGUCAGACCGCUGAAUUUCAGGCCCUGUUCCUGCUCUCUCUGAGCCCCCACUGCUUGCUCUCUGAUAUUUUAUAGAGUCAUACAGCACAGAAACUGAUGCUUUGGUAAAACCAAUCCAUGCUGACCAUAUUCACAAACUAAACUCCUCUCACUUGCCUGUGUUUGGCCCACAUCAUUCCAAACAUUUCUUACUCAUGUACUUAUCUAAAUGUCUUUUAAACGUUGUAACUGUCUCUACCACUUCCUCUGGAAGUGCAUUCUACACAGGAAAGUGCAAAGAAAUUGCCCCUCAUGUCUUUUUAAAAUAUUUCUCCUCUCACCUUAAAAAUAUGUUCCGUAGUUUUGAAAUUCCCAACCAAAGGGAGAAGACACCUGCCAUUCACCUUAUCUAUGCUCCUCAUGAUUUUAUAAAACUCUAUAAGGUCACCUGUCAAUCUCCUAUGUUCCAGUGAAAAAACUCCUAGCCUAUCCAGCCUCUCCUUAUAACUCAAAUCCUCGAUUUUCAGUAACAUUGUUUUAAAUCUUUUCUAAAUUUUCUCCAGCUUAAUAAUAUCCUUCCUAUAACAGUUAGUUACAGUUCUCUGCUCAUCACAACAAAUUUUAAAUUUAUCCAGGGUUGGUGACAUGCAAAUUAUGUAGGUAUCAGCUAAAUCAGGGUCAGAUAUUAAGAACAAGUCAGCCAGGUUUCUGUAGUGAAAAUGAGUAGCAGAUUUAUUGCCAAAAAAAUUCAAAUAAAGAUGCAAAGAUUAUUGGAGAACAGUUUGGAUUAUAUAAGUGUGCAUAUAUAAACCUUUUUGAAUAGCUCUAUCAUGCACACUGAGGAGGCAACUUUAUUUACACCGAGAGUGGUUUGUAUGUGGAAUGAACCGCUAGAGAAAAUGGUGGAUAUGGGUACAGUUACAAUGAUUAAAAAUCAUUUGGAUAAGUACAUGACUAGGAAGGGUUUGGACGGAUAUGGGCCAAACUCAAGCAGGUGGGACUAGUUUGGUUUGGGAACAUGGUCAGCAUGAACUAGUUGGACUGAACAGUCAGUUUCCAUGCUCUAUCACUCUGUCUCUUUGAGGGAAUGCAGUCACUUUCAAGCUUCAAAAUGGGGUCUCGGAACAACGUUUAAAAGCUCUGCCUUAGAGAAAUGCACUGUGUUCAGCUGAUUUUUUUUGUCCAAAUAAAGAAUAUGAGUUACUAUCCAGUGAGAAUUUCAUUCUGGUUAAAUACAAGAAGGCCACCAGGAACAGCGUGAAGUUACAUCCAUCUGUAAAGAAGACCCCAACAAAAAUGUGAAUAAGUGUGACCCAUAGCUGUGAUGUACAAGCUAUAAACAGCUGGUGAACUAAGGUUUAAUAGUUGACAUGUACCUGUUUGAAAUACAACAGUGGCUGAUGUUACCACUGGAGACUAUUCUGUGAUUGGGUUGAUUUGCAUGUCUGCUGAGGCAAGAGGCUGCAUUAAAAACUUGCUCUCCUUGUGAUCAGUGGAGUUGAAUUGCUACAAAGAAUUUCCUGUAGCCCUUUAUCUUGUGAAGCACUCAGAGCAUCAAUGUAUCAUUCAUUGCUGCACUGCUAUAUCUAUACUACAUCAGCCUGAAUUAUUAAUGUUAGUAUUUGCUGUGUCUGAUGGAUGUUAAUAAUGAAUGUGCAUUGUAGUAACUAUAGUAAGUAUAUUUUAUGCAUGAUUCUCAGUCUGGGGAGAGAUGCAAAUGUUACAUUGUAAAUAUGUAUCAAUAUAAAGAGGAUAUUUUUUGCAUGCUUUUAUAUUCUAGAAUUAAGGUAAUAAAGGCCUUGAGUAAGUUACUCAUAAUGAGCAAUUAUGGACUAAAAGGUUUGGGUAACUGCACGAUAAACAAGAUUUUGUAAAUUUAUGAUUCAGUAAACCAAAUUAUAUGACA